AUGCCGCCGCAGCAGCAAGACGGAGAGACCGGCUACAUUAGCAAGCCGCUGCCGGGCGGCUGCGAAGUGCCCCCAGUGCCGCCGCGCCGGGUCCGCAGCAGCCGGGCAGCGGCACUGGGGGCCGCCUUGGGCAGCCGCUGCCGGGCCGGAGCUGGGGGCGGCGCUGGAGGAGCCGGAUCCGACCCCCGGCGCAGCAUCAAGUGCGUGUUGGUGGGCGACGGCGCGGUGGGCAAGACCAGCCUGGUGGUGAGCUAUACCACCAAUGGAUACCCCACGGAGUACAUCCCCACCGCCUUCGACAAUUUUUCAGCUGUCGUGUCUGUAGAUGGCCGACCGGUGAGGCUCCAGCUCUGUGACACAGCUGGCCAGGAUGAAUUUGACAAGCUCCGCCCACUGUGCUACACCAACACGGACAUCUUCUUGCUGUGCUUCAGUGUCGUGAGUCCUUCCUCCUUCCAGAAUGUGAGCGAAAAGUGGGUUCCCGAAAUCCGAUGCCACUGCCCCAAAGCGCCCAUCAUUCUCGUUGGGACGCAGUCAGACCUGCGGGAAGAUGUCAAAGUUCUCAUUGAGCUUGACAAAUGCAAAGAAAAGCCGGUGGCUGAGGAGGCCGCGAGGCUGUGUGCCGAGGAAAUGAAAGCCGCCUCUUAUAUUGAGUGUUCCGCUUUGACUCAGAAGAACCUCAAGGAAGUCUUUGACGCUGCCAUUGUUGCUGGCAUUCAGUACUCGGAUACACAGCAACAACCCAAAAAAUCAAAAAGCAGGACCCCAGACAAAAUGAAAAACCUUUCCAAGUCCUGGUGGAAAAAGUAUUGCUGUUUUGUAUAGACCCUUUCAAAACUGACAGUCUCGAUGCUGAGAGUGAUUUGCAGCUAUAUUAGCUCGAAACCUCUCCAUUCCAGAGAGCAUAAACUGGAUUCCACAAGUGCACAUGCUGCUAAAGCCAUCCGUUUUCAUUGGAGAUAAGAGGGUGGGGAAUACGAGGUAGCUGGCCAGUGCUUGUCAGGCUGAAGGCUUUCAUCACUAGUGGCAGCAUUUCCGCUUGUCAAGGACAACUCAAAGGCAUUGACUCUAUGCAGAAGUGGGAGGAGCCAAAGGAGAGAUCUUGGCGGGGAAGGCUACCUGGAGGCAGUCAAAGGACUGUCAGAGGACAAGAGUUCUACAGGCGGAUAGUUGAAAAUGUGUGCGUCUUAUGACACUUGGCUUUAAAAGGUGUUACCCUCCCACCCAACACACACAAACACACAAUUUUGAUCUUGUGGUCUUCACAAAUGAUAUAGUGCAUUCCGGAAAUAUCCAUAGUAUUGGCAAAUUAGCAGAAUCUGCACGUAAAUCCUAUAUAUUUUUCUUAAGGUGACAUGCCUACUUCAUGCACAGUGUAGGGAUGUCUUAACACGUUGAGCUGCUUGCAUAACUGCAUCUUCUUUUAUGUGAUAUGAUGUGCAUGCCUGGUGACUUAUGUAUCUCCCCCCCUUCCCCUGCGCCCGUAAAAGAUGCACCAAAUAUCUGCAAAAUGCCACACAAAAUGCAUUUGUUUGGUCGUCUGAGACAGCCUUCUUCAACCUAGCAUCUAUCAGCCCCAGCCAGCAUGGCUAAUGGUCAGGGAUGGUGGGAGUUGUAGUUCAAAACAUCUGGCAUGUAUCAGGUUGGGAAAGGCAGAUCUAAGUCCAUGUGGUCAUCUUUUCCAUAAGAUAAUCUCAAAUAAUUACAUUACCCUUCCUCACAUAGUCGGGUACCACACAAUUAGGCAUCUGAAACAGCCAUUUUAUCAUAUUGAUGCAGUACCCAUCAAUGUAAGGCAAGGUGGAAUAUGAUCUGUCCUAAGCACUAGGCAACCCAUCAAUUGAAGUCAAUGGAGAUUCUUCCAAGUAAAUGUGCAUAGUUUGGGGAGUGUCUAAUUGAAUUGUCUCCAAUUCAAAAUACGGCAAAUACUUUUCUGCUAAUUUUCAUGUAGGAAUUUAAAUGUUGAAAAAGUGAUGAAUAAUGCAGGUUAUCUAAGGUUAUAACUACCUGGACUACAUGCCUUGUAUAGGCUUUGUAUAGUCUUCCAUCUUGUUUUGAACAAAAUGAACACUGGUUGACAUGCAACACAUUUUAGUGACUUGGAUCAAAUUUGAGACCUUUCAAAGAAAAAACAUGUAAAUUUCAACAAAAUGGCCUCUCUAUUCAGAUAUCUACCUAUGUGGAUUCCUGUUCUAAUUAAGUGAUGCAAAAUUCUGACUUAGGGUGAUUGAGGACACAAGUAGACGAUAAUGGGGCUAUUUUAGAAACCUGAUCUUUGCAGAGUGAGUGCAAAAGCCUUAAGUUAUUGUCUCCUUUUCUAUGUCUGAUUCCGCCCCUCAUCUUUAAAGUGGCCUUCUCAUUUAUUCCAUGAUUAUCUUAUGUUUAAACUUGGGCCCAGCUCAGACAUAAUAAGAAGCUGUGGUUUCCUGUUAGCCUCAGGUGUUCCCCUCUUCAUUCUCCUCCUCCUUUCAUGUGUGAAGAGAAAGAGAUCAGAAGUGUCUGCUUUUGUUUUUAAACUCAUCACUAUUCCUUGUGAUGUCUGAACAUGGGAAACUAUGGUUUGUUUAAAAUAUAGUUAGAGAGAUUAAGCCAGGAUCAAACCGUGUUCGCAGAUCUUGUUGUGUUUUCACUAAUUAUAGUUUAAACAAACCAUAAUUCUAUGAAUUUGGGCACUGUGGCUCUUCCAUAUAGCAGGAAACCAUGAUUUGGGCCAGAUCUACACCAAGUAGGAUAUAGCACUGUGAAAGCGGUAUGAGAGCAGUAUAUAAGAGGCAAGAGCCACACUACUGCUUUAUAGCAGUAUUGAAGUGCACUGACAACUGUUGGGGCCCAUUGGCACAUACCAUAUACCGCUUUCAUAGUGCUUGGUGUAGAUCAGGCCUUGGUGUUAUGUCUGAACUGACUCUGCAUGUCUAGUCUCAUGGGCACUUCCCAUAUGCAACCCAUAUGAAUAGAAUUCAUGUAGAGCCCAGUGGGCUUUUGUAGAAUUUCCAUUUAUUUCCCUGGAUCAUGCCCAUGAGAAAUGCCAAUGGAAAUGCCAACUGGUUGCCCAGUUGCUUAGAAAUUGAUGGCAGCACUUCCGAAUGUAAUUU